CUCUGAACAAAGUGUGCUGCAUGCAAUUUAAACCGACAGGACUACAGUAUACUGCUUCAAUGAAAGUACCAUAGUAAGCUACAGCUGUAAUGUUGUAACGUAAUAAAAAAGAUUCUGUUCAAUGUAGUUUCACAGCCAAUAUUUGCAUGGAAUAUGGGACAUACGCGGUGCAGUGUAAAAACAAUGGUGGCGGCAUGGUGCAUGAGUCGACUAGGACUCACUGCAGCUAACCACACGUCCAUGGUAACCCAAUGCUUGCACACAGAUAGCGCUGGCUGAAUGAGAGUCACUUCUUUGCAUACUAUCAGUGGGUUUAUGGUUCUCACCAGUUCUAUUCUACAGUUCUAAAACACUGUUCUCAGACCUGCUGAAGAAAUCAUGACAUCACCUACUCUGGAAGCCCUCCCUUCAUCUCACCUCCUACCCUCCAUCCUUCCUUCCCUCCCUAUUCCCUCCUCCCAUUCUCCUUCUCUCGUCCAUAGCCACACUAACCGUCCAGUGCAGGUACAGACAGACAGGAUAGUGUAUCCACACCUCACUAUGUUGCUGUCCUGUGUGCUCCUGGCCCUGCUUCCUCUACCUCCCCCAGUAAACCCCAGCGUGGACUCCUCCUUCAGGGAAUGCAGCCAGUUCCUGUACAGGGGCCUGGCCCCAAGGGGCCUCCAGGGGACUCAGGGCCUCCAGAAGGUUUGCCAGCAUUACGGGGACAAGGCGCGCUAUGCCACCCUGUACGACCCAGCAGGCAGGAUCCCCCUCUUCUCCGCCUACACCUUUAAACGCUCCAAUGGUGAGAGCAGGGAAGGUCUGCCCUGGAUGUACGAACCACAGCUGUCCAGUGGCUCUGGGACGGGUAACAUGCAGCCCUUCCCCGGUUCUCCCUCCAGCCUCCUGGCCCUAGAGGAGAGCCAGGCGGUGCUGGCCGACUACUCCGACGCAGUCGUCUACGAGCGUGGCCAGCUGAAUCCCGACCAGCACCAGGCCAGUCCUGGGGACAAGGCCUCGACCUACACCCUGACCAACGUGGUUCCCCAGGCUAAGGAGUUCCUCCACCACCACUGGCUACCCUACCUGGAGGGCAUCCGCAAACGCCUCAACAACUAUUGUCGUGGAACGGCUUACAUCAUCAGUGGCGUCACCACCACUGGGAACACCAUCCGGAGAGGUAACGUUCACCGGGUGGGGGUACCCAAACAUCUGUGGACAGCCUACUGCUGUCCUGAUUUUGAUCUCAGUGCGCCGUAUGAGCUCCGGUACAAGUUCCCUACUUAUGCAGCCUACGGGCUUAAUGACGUGGUAGAUAACGCGGUCACGGAGACGUCGACGAAGAGCGUGGAGGCGUUGGUGAAUCGAGAGAUGGCUGUGGAUCAGGACUUUCAGCUGUUCAAUGGAAACUGUGUCCCUGAAGUGUGAACGGUUAUGAGAGUGAAUGUCAAGAGACGAUCUUUAAAAGAGAGAGAGAUCGAGGGAGAUGUUCCUGCCACUGAAAAUAUGAAUGAUAUGGUGAUAUUUGUGA